AAGUGAUAACGGAGAAAGUAGUGCAGAGCAGAGACAGUGGAACUGCUUUUUGCUCAUCAUGGGUUCAUAUGCUGCAGCUCUGAUCUUCUGCUCCCUGAUAUGCUCAGUGGCAGCUCAGGCUCCAGUCAUUACCGUGGAGCCUCGGACCGCAACCAUCCGCCAGGGAGAGUCUGUCAGCUACAGGUGCCAUGUGAAGAGCAAUGUCCAACCCGUUCAGCUGGAGUGGAGAAGAGCCAAUAAUCAGGCCUUGCCAGACAAUGUAAAGAUUGGUCCAGAUGGGUCUGUGCUGACGGUUGCAAACGCUCGACCUGGAAACCACGGCCAGUACCGCUGUGUGGCCAUCAGCGCCGCUGGACGCAGCUUUGCCAACGUUGUGCUGAAUGUCAAAUAUCCUUCUAAAGUACAGCUGACACCAGCAGGACCCCUGCUUAUCAGAACAGGAGAGUCUGUGGCAGUGGAGUGUCAUGUCACCGGUAGGCCACGCCCCACGGUCACCUGGAAACGCAGAGGCUCCACCCUUCAGCUGGUAACUCAGGAGAUAAACGACGCCCACAUUAUAAAGUGGCCUUCCGUACGCCCAGAGGACUCCGGAGUGUAUGUCUGCCAGGCUGACAACAACGUGGGGAAAUCCGAGGCAGAGGUCGAGCUCGUCGUGGUGGGUCCACCUGGAACACCAGUGGCUUCGGUUAACAUCGAAGAGAUGACAGCGAUCGAGGGACAAACAGUUACCAUCGAGUGCAAGGCUACAGGCUCCCCUACCCCUGUCAUCACCUGGUCCAAGCUAAGAGCACCACUGCCAUGGAAGCACGCAGUAGCUGAUGGCGUCCUGACGCUGACCGACGUGGGGCGCCAAGACUCGGGACAAUACAUAUGCAACGCGACCAACAUACACGGCUACAGCGAGGCGUACACUGACAUGGAGGUGGACACUCCUCCGUACGCCACCUGCCUGCCGGACCAGGCCCGGCUCCAGCCUGGAAACUCUCUGGUCUUGCAGUGCCUGGCCCACGGCUCUCACCCAAUCCAGUUCACCUGGAGCCGGGUGGGAAGAGGCAGUCUGCCGGUUGGAGCAGAAACCACCAGGGAGGGGAAGCUGAUGAUAGCCAGUGUUAAACAGAGCGACGGAGGAACGUAUAAGUGUGUGGCCACCAACCACGUUGGUUCGAGCGAGGCCGUGGCGAAAGUCAUCAUAAAAGCCUGAGUAAGCGUGGACCGACAGGCGGCAUAAAAAUUGCCUGCAGCAAAGAUUCUAUUUAAUAUAUCCAUGUAUUGUGGAGAAUAAAAGCCAACAUUUGUUUUGUAAUCCUCAUCCAACAGUUACAACAUCAGUUUGAUUUUGUGCUCUUAUUGAGAACUAAAGCUGAAUGGGGUUGAACAUUAUGUAGUAGGUUCUUCCUUCUGAUUGUACAGGAUUCAGGGCAAAAUUCAACUUAAAAUCAUCUAUUAUAAAGUAAAUUAAUUGAGACAAACAUACAGUAAGUGCACUGUAUGAAAAAAACCAUCUGAUACGUGUCAAUUUUCCAAAGUAGUAACAUAAUGAUAAGACUGAAAUAAUAAUAACAAAAAAUUUUUUAGAUCUAGUUUGUGAUGUGAGAAAAUAUUGGAAAUAUAUCACUUCUAUAUUUCCAUAUUAAAAUAUGCAUUCUUUGUUUACUCUGAUUAUUUGUCUGAUUGCAAAAUUUAUUUUGAUAAUCUGAAACAUUUAGGUGUGACAAAACAAGAAAAAACUAAACUUUUGUCACUCACACACUGCAUGAGUGUUUAUAUGACAGAGACAGCAGUAUGCUAUGUAUAGCAGUGCUUAAAAUUUUAUACUAUGGAGACGUUUGUAGCCCCUUAAUAUAAAGGACAUAGACAGGACCAAAAAGGAAGACAUUUUGCAGCAAACAUAUAAAGGAAAUAUAAUCCAAACACAUGUAAAAGGGCAGUACAAAUGAUACAACAUAGCUAUUUUAAAAAUAUUCUGGAAUGAGACAAAAAAUACAUCCAAAAGAGAAAAACAGACCAAAUAUAUGUUUCCUCCUUGUGGCUGUAAACGCACCAGGUUGUUAUCUUGAUCAGACUGAAAUGCAAACAACAAACAGCCCAGGGGGAGACUGAAAGUUCAGAGUGGCUAAGUUCGACUGGCUAAAGGUUCAGGGCAGCGUGAUGAAAACAUGCCUGCUCAAAAAAAAAAAAAGGAA